AAUUUUUCUUCGGUUUACGUGCCCACACUGCAUGCUGUGCUUGUGCCUGGGCGCGCGGUGUUACGCGAUGUGACCUUGGUGUCAAUGCCUGGACGAGGAUGGCUUUUAUUGGAGGUCGUAGCUUCACUGCUGGUCCCCAGCGACGGCUUCAACCGGCAACUGCAAUGCAGCCGGGACUGGAAUGCAUCCAACGUGGUGCCCCUCUGCCUGCCCUGCGUGGUGCCCGAGGGGAUCGACACCUGUAUGUACGACUUCUCAGGAUGUGGCUUCCUUCCUUCUGGAUCCAUCUGCGAAAUUCACUGCAAGGCACCGUAUCUGGGCAACAGCACAAUAGCACGCUGUGCUUCGAAUAACCUACAAGAAGGGCUACCGCUGGAGUGGACGGCACCCUGGUGCAGCUUCAGCGACUGCCCUUACCCAACUGAGCUUCCACAAGGCUAUGUGCGAGACGCACAAGGAGAAGUGCACUGUGCCGACGGCUACAAAGGUCGUCCAGUGCGGCGCUGCAACACAGAUCCGCAGGACGACUGCGCCAUUCGUCCAGCAGAUCUCGUUGGGUGCGAUCUUAUUGUGGGGUGCCGCUUCACGGAGGAGCAAGACUGCCAGCGCUUGGAUUAUCAAGACUGCCUCGAGAUGGCUCCGGGCGAAGUCUGCCGCGCGCCCUGCGUGGGACCCUAUGUGGGUAUGGGCCAUGAGCUCCGGUGCCCCGCGGACAACACGCAGCCGGGUCGUGAGCCUGACAUCGGAGAAGUUCAGUGCGACCUGCCUUGUCCUCCUCCGGAUCCACUGCCGUACGGCUAUGUGAACACUUCUGACGUCUGGGAAUGCGCUCCAGGCUACGCCGGCACCGCAGAGCUGAUCUGUGUCUUCGAUGGAGCUCCCUUCUGCCAGCGGCGUGUCGAACUGCAGGGGUGCUAUCCGCUAAUGCCAUGCGCAGACCUCGAGCUGCGGCAGGACUUGGCCCCAGAUCCUUGCAUCUACAACCUCACCGAGUGCAGAGGUGUGCUUCCUGGCGAGCGAUGUCAGUUGAACUGCCUUCCGCCCUUUAUUGACGGCGGCAUCCCACGUUUUGCUCGAUGCCCUGGAUUGAAUGUGAACCCCUUCCAAGAGCUUCUUUUCAACGAGCUGCCACGGUGUAUUAUGGCGUGUCCAGACCCGCCGACCUUGCCGGAGGGCUAUCGGCGAGAAGAUCUGCCUGGGAGCAGUGAGUCGCAAUGGCGAUGUGAUGAUGGCUGGGUUGGCGAAGUCAACCGAACCUGCCUGCAUUUUUCGAACUGCUCUUCCCAGGUACUUUUUGAUGGCUGCAGGCGAAAGCUGCCCUGCAUGCCGCUCGCCGUGAGUGACGGUGAGAGCUGCAAGAUGGACUUGACACCUUGCGAGGCCGUGGAGCCGGGCCGUAGCUGCGAGGUGAUGUGCCGGGCGCCCUACGAAGGCAGCGGCACCACGGCGACCUGUGCCCCCGACAAUAUCGAUCCCAUGAGGAAGUUGGAAUUCACUGCGCCAAUCUGCCAAGCAGAAUGCGAUCCUUAUCCACCUGGCUACAUGCGGACAGCGGCAGGCUGGGGCUGUGCGCCGGGGUAUAACGGCCUUGCACGCGCUGAUCGAGCAGACUGUGGUGAGGUGCUGCAGCUGUCGGGCUGCUUGCCGCUGCAGCCCUGCCUUCCUGCCCAGGAUCAUCCUUGCCUUUUGGACACCUCUGACUGUGUCCGCGUUUUUGCCGGAGGCAGCUGCGUUGUGCGCUGCCCCGAAGGCGUCUACGAACCGGAUUCGGCGGUUGCCAUCUGUCCAGAGGGGAACACUGACCCCAUGCAACCUUUGAUCUUUGACCUGAGUUGCAAGCCCAAGUGCAUCGAGCCAGAGCCAGUACCGGUGGAGUACGAGAAGGAUCCAGAGGAGGGCUGGGUCUGUGCCGAAGGUUUCGUCGGCAAUGCAUCCACCGAGUGUGAGGUGACCUAUCCCCUUGAGUGGGUUCCCAACUGCACGGCUGUGCUCAAUCUAACAGGUUGCACCAAGCUGGAGCCUUGUGGGACACUCCUGGUGGAGGAUGCAGAGAUGUUCGAUGCGUCGCAGUGCCAAGGCCUGGAGCCGGGCCAAUCCUGUGAGAUUGUCUGCCGUCCGCCUUUCCACGGGGAAGCCCGCAGAGCUUUCUGUCCGGAGGACAACACAGACAACGAGAAGCCGCCCGAGAUCGUGGGCGAGCCCAGCUGCCGAUUGGCUUGUGAUGCGGCCCCUGUGGGCUACGAGAAGCUGAAGACUGGGUGGCGCUGCGCUCCAGGUUUCGCAGGUAAUGCUUCUGCUGGGUGCCAGCCGAGCUAUAGGUGCGGUGCGGAACUCCACCUCACUGGCUGCAAGCCCAUUGUCCCGUGCCUCAGGCCACGCUUCGGCCCAGAGGAAAUCUGCCGCUUCGAAGCCUCGGGGUGCCCCGAGCGAAUGGCCCCAGGCUCAUUUUGUGAGAUUCGUUGUCUUCUCCCCUAUGCUGGCGGGGUGGGACUGGCUACGUGCCCGUGGGACAACACAGAUCCACAAGGAGAAGCCACUUGGACGAGACCGCUGUGCAGCUUCUUCGAGUGCCCGGAUCCUGAAGUGCACAGCCCCAACUACACGCAGGAUCCCGGAUCUCCGUUGGGCUGGCGCUGCUCGGAGGGCAUGAACGGCAUCGCUGCAAAGCGCUGCGAAAGUGCGCCUUCUGUACCGCCAGCAGAUGAAGACUGGCCAGCCUGCGAAGUUCAGGAUGGCUUUCUGUCCGGAUGUGGCAUCCCGCAGUCAUGUGUGGCGCUGGAGGCAAUGGAGGUUUGGGACAGUUGCAUUUUCGACAAUGCUCACUGCGGUGAAAUGGUGCCGAACAGCUUCUGCGAGGUGAGAUGCCGAGCACCUUAUGUUGGAGAUGCCACGUUUGCAAGGUGUCCCACUUUCAAUAUCAACCCGAAUCAGCCAGUCGAUUGGUCCCCUCCCGUUUGCGUCCUUGAUUGCCCGAUGCCAGAUCCCAUUCCGGUGGGAUAUGAGCUGGUUCGAGCGGGUGAUCCUGGCACGGAGAUCUUGGAUGAAUGGCGCUGUGCCCCCGGCUACGUAGGCCAAGCAGUAUCCAGGUGUAUCUUCGACAAUGAAACGGAGUGUGGCGUGGGACAGGUGCUGUCAGGGUGCCUGAAACUGGAACCAUGCGUGCUUCCUUCCAUGGCACAUUGCAGCCUGAACUUCUCCGAGUGCCUGCAGCUGGGUCCGGGCGAGUCUUGCAUGGUCACCUGCAAGGCAAGUUAUGCUGGCUUCGUCCGGCCUCUUAUGGAGCAUGAGGAGGAGGACGAGGACGAGAACUUCAGCAACUUCAGCAACGACAGCAAUCGCAGUUUCGUCACCAACAUGUCCAACGCAACAAUUCCGUGGCCUCUGGAGCCCUCACUGGUGCCCAGCGAUGGAGUCAUGGGCUCAUGCCCUGCUGGGAACACCAUAGCAGGACGGGAGUUCGACAUGAUGGAGCUGCUAUGUGUUUUCGAAGACUGCAUCGAUCCUCAGCCCAUUCCGGAACCUUUUGUCAAGCUGCAAGCCACCAACUCCAGCGAGGACAGCUGGCAAUGUGCAGAUGGCUUUGCUGGGAAUGCCACGGCCACUUGCGUCAUGCGGGAGGACUGUGUAGGCGAGUAUGAGCUCUCCGAGUGCCGCCCUGUUGCUCCAUGCGGUGCUCCAGUUGUCGACCUCUGCCGAUUUGAGGCCGCCGUUUGUGAUAUGGCUCCAGGCUCCUCCUGCCCGAUCUCCUGCCGGGAGCCCACGCGAGGUGCCCCUGGUAUGGCGGUUUGUCCAGAGAUGAACACGGAGCUGGGUGCACCUCCGGAGAUACACCUCCCGGAUUGCGAGUCCCCAUGCAUCUACCUGGAGGAUGUUGAAGCUCCGACGGGCUUCGCGAGCUGUGAGGAUGCCGGCACAUGCCCGGGAGGUGAAAAUGCCACAGGCUGGACGUGUGCCGCCGGCUAUGGUGGCAAUGCGACGACAACCUGCUUGAUUGACGCGGAGAAUAAUUGCACCGCCAGCUAUGUUUUCAGCGGCUGCGGCCCACUGACCAUCUGCGCGGGCAUGCAGAAUCCCGACCCCUGCAGGUACAUACACAGUUGCAUUCCUGGGCUACUGCCUGGCGAGCAGUGCGAGUUCCGCUGCAAGCCUCCAUCCUUCCUGGGUGAUCCGACAACUGGGACCUGCCCCAUGGACAACACGGAUCCUUCGCGUCCUCCUGUGGUGCCUGUGCUGCCAAGCUGCGAGCCACAGUGCACAGAGCCCUCAGAGCCACCGCAAGGGUACAACCGUUCUGGCGGCAACUGGACGUGUGCCGACGGCUACCUCGGCACGGCGGUGCCAAGUUGUGGCCCCGAUCGGAACUGCGUGAUGCGAUUCACCCUGAGUGGCUGCGAGGAGAAGGUGCCAUGCUCUGCUCCAGCACUGCCCAGUGGCUGUGAGUAUGUUUCGAGUUGCCCCACCCAGCUGCUGCCCGGAGAGACCUGCCAAGUGGACUGCCAAGCUCCCUUCUAUGGGAACUCCACAAAUGCCAGCUGUGAUGAGAACAACCUGGUGCUUAAUAUUGCUCCAAACUUCAGCCUGCCCAAUUGCAGUCUUCAAUGCCUCGACCCUCCCGUCAACUUGACGGAGGCGUACGUGGAGACUGCAGAUGGCUGGGAGUGCAACUCGACCGGCUACCUGGGAACAGUGGUCAGUUCCUGCUAUGCUGACUCCUCGUGCACUGGGAUCCUUCUGCUCUCCGGUUGCCUUCCGAUCGUGCCCUGCCUGACGCCGGAUCCGCGAGCUUUCGACCAGUGCCAGUUCAACUUCACCGGUUGUGACCAGUUGACGCCCGGAACCACCUGCAAUGUCUCCUGCCGAGAUCCAUACGUAGGUAACAGCACCAUGGCAAGCUGCAGGGAGCAGAACGUGGAUCCGCUGGAACCCCUACAGUUCGAGAGACCCAUUUGCAACCUUCUGUGCCCGGAGCCGGACCCCGUACCUGAAGGCUACAUCCGUGGAUCAGACUCCUGGACGUGUGCACCAGGUUACACCGGCAUCGCUUCUGCCAGCUGCUACAUGGACCGGUUCUUCUCUGGCGGAGAAGCGAUUUGCAUCACCAGGACGGAGUUGACGGGGUGUGUCCAACUUCAACCUUGUUGGUUUCCGCCCAGCGACGUCUGCGACUUUGACACCUCUGACUGCAGUAUGGUGCCCGCUGGGGGAACUUGCCAGGUCUUCUGCCGGGUGCCGAUGGGAGGGGGGCCUGCAGUUGGCUACUGCCCGUCCACCAACACGGAUCCCAACACCCUUGUCGACGUGCAGAUGCCGAACUGUUUCCUCGACUGCCCCAUCCCGGAAGAACUGCCGGAGGAGUACAACGUGAGCUUCACAGCCGUGCGUGAAGACGGUUUGGUGGUGUCAACCUUUUCUACCGACCCUCUUUCCGGACGACGUGCGCGAAUCGAGCGGGAGGGCUACUUCAUUUGCGCGGAGCUGCAUGCUGGCAACCUGACGGUGACGUGCUCCCUCGACUUGAAUUGCCAGUGGCGCAUCGAGUUUGCGGGUUGCAAGCCGACAGUCGCCUGCCAACCUCUGGAUCUCGCGACGCCACCCUGUGGUCUUAUCGGCCCGGGCUGUGAUGUUGUGGUGGCUGGGAAGAGCUGUGAGGCAUCCUGUGCUGCACCCUGCACGGGCCAGCCUGCGACACUCAGCUGCCCACUUGGCAACACAGAUUCCGAGCAGAAAUUGGUUGGAAGGAUGCCUCAAUGCGCAACAGAGUGCGAUUUCGUACCUCCGGGUUAUCGUCGCAACAGAGGAAGCUGGGAUGGCUGGGAAUGUGCCGAGGGCUACAUCGGAUCGGCCAGCGUAAGAUGCGUACCGUCGGGCCCCGGGCGCGUUUGCGACACAGAGAUCCGUCUCGACGGCUGCGAUGAGAUGUUGCCUUGUGGGGCAGGCGUGUACGAUGCAUGCAAGUACGACUUGAGCGACUGCAUGAAUGUGCCAAGGAGCGAAACAUGCACCAUCCGAUGCCGCUAUCCUUACACGGGCCCGGAUUUCAAUGCAAGCUGCCCUUCCGAGAACAUCUUGGCGAAUGAUGGCCUUCUUUGGGACGAGGACCACUGUGUGUUGGCAGAUUGCCCAGAUCCGAACAUCACGGAAGAGAGCUCCUUUGUGUGGGAUGGGUCGGCCUUCGUCUGUCGAGCUGGCUUUGUGGGCGAACCUGCCCGGCGCUGUUCCGCCAUCGGCUCGCCGCCGGACUGCCGUGCUGAGGUCCGGCUGCAUUCCUUGUGUGUGGAGUUUUGCUUGCCCAGUCUGCAAAGAAAGGCCGUGUUCGAUGGCUGCGUGCCCACCCAGCCAUGCACAGCACCCAAUGCAGAUGCUGGGCGACAAGACAUGCAUCUGAGUGAGAGGUGA